AUGGUCACCAUUUCCAAUGCUCAUUCUGAGCUUAUCCACGAUGCAGUGCUAGACUAUUAUGGAAAGCGUCUUGCUACUUGUUCCUCCGACAAAACUAUUAAGAUCUUCGAGGUGGAAAACGAUACUCACAAGCUAGUUGAGACCCUUUACGGCCAUGAGGGACCUGUGUGGCAGGUAGACUGGGCGCACCCCAAGUUUGGUGUGAUCUUGGCGUCGUGUUCAUACGAUGGGAAAGUGUUGAUCUGGAAAGAAGAAAACGGCCGUUGGACACAAAUUGCAGCUCAUGCAUUGCAUUCGGCAUCUGUAAACUCCGUACAAUGGGCCCCUCACGAGUAUGGGCCAUUUCUACUGGCUGCGUCAUCCGAUGGGAAAGUGUCAGUGGUAGAAUUUAAGGAAAACGGAACCACAGCACCUGUCAUUAUAGAAGCACAUGCAAUUGGUGUUAACACUGCAUCCUGGGCAUCUGCAUCUCUUCAGGAUGGCACAUCGGCUCUUCAGGAACGCAGAUUUGUAACCGGCGGUGCUGACAAUUUAGUCAAAGUCUGGAAAUACAGCCCUGAGGCCAACACCUACUUGUUACAAGAUACGCUUGAGGGCCAUAGUGAUUGGGUCAGAGACGUAGCAUGGUCCCCUUCGGUACUACUACGUUCGUACUUGGCUAGCGUAUCACAGGAUCGUACUUGUAUCAUCUGGACACAAGAAAACAAUCAAGGGCCUUGGAAGAAGACAUUGUUGAAAGACGAUAAGUUCCCCGACGUUCUAUGGAGAGCUAGUUGGUCACUAUCAGGCAACAUUCUAGCCCUUUCUGGUGGUGACAACAAAGUGACCUUGUGGAAGGAGAACUUGGAAGGCAACUGGGAAUCUGCCGGUGAGGUAGAACAAUGA